GUGGCCAGUAAUUGCUGUAAUUGUCAUCGGUGGUCUGAUCAUUCUCUCCAUCGUUUGGUGUAUCGCUCGGUGUCUCUGCUGCGGCCUUUCGUGCUGUUGCGAGUGCUGUUAUUGUCUAAAGUGCUGUGGUGAGUGCUGCGGAUGUUGUGAUCCACCACGAGGCAAGCGACACAAGUAUCUCGAUGAACCAUUCGUCCCGCCACACCAUAACGAAAACCAACAGUAUCGUUCGCAAGCACCAAUGACGCCAAGUUUUGCCCCAGCUCCAGCUCCAGCUCCAGUGUCUGACACCCCGCAAUAUGCCAUAUUUGAGGACAGUAAAAAGGACGCGGAUUCUUUGCCUGCUAUGCCGAGUUGGGAAGGCGCGCAGACGAAGAAAAUCUUGAUCGAGGAUGAUUCUGUUGAGAUGGAACCUUUAAAGAAAACGGAGACCCAGAACAUGGCUCUCAGUACGAACAACCUAUCUCAUCCGACUACGCCAAGCCCGGUUUCUCCUGAUAACAGAAAUCCCUAUGGUCCGCCCCCCGCACAGGGUGGCCCUAACGGGUACAUGGCUCCGGCGCGAGCUGGAACGGAUCCGUACUCGGCAAAUGGACAAGGAUAUGAUCACUACGACUAUAAUGGUUACGGACAGGCUAGGCAUGAUAAUUCGAACCAAGGAUAUGGUAUGGCGGCAGUUGGGGCAAUGAGAAGUCAAACACCUCAACAAGACUACAAUAAUGGAUAUAACAACGGGUAUGGUAGAGGAGCCGAUCAGGGAUACCCUCAGUCGCGAACCCCGAGACCAUAUGACGAGUAUGGACGCAGCGGAACCCCUGGUGCUCCGCCUAGCUACCGCACUGCACCAAGUGUGAACAACGCGUACAACAAUCCCGCUCGAAUGGGAUCACCCGGUCCAGGAGCAGCUUAUGGCUACGAUAACCCAAAUCGCAUGCGGUCUCCUGGUCCCCAAAUAGGGUUUGAAUAUCCUCAGAGGUCUCAAACGGCUACGCCCAGCAGCUAUAAUAGGCACCCAGCACCAUACCGGCAAUACUCGAACGAUUCAAGCCGACCUCUAGUACAACCGACACCAGUGUCACCUAUCCAGAACACUGGCGGAUUCGAUUUCAGUUCGGGUUAUAGCCGACCCUCCACAGCAACCCCGGUGCAGACAGCCCCAGCGCAGGCGGCGAAUGGAGGAACGGCAUAUCCCGGCUACCGCACAUACAGACCCCCUGGAGGAGGGGCUCAGCAGCAGGAUAGCUGGAACGGGGCGUAAUGAAUGAAAAGAAAAAAACGAUUCGGCUUGUCGA